AUGACACAAAUAUUAACAAUAGUUGACUAUAAAGGUUCACAAGUCUAUAUUUAUGGUGCAAUUUCAAAUGAAAAUGAAAAUAAGUUAACACCACAAAAAUGGAUCUUUUAUUAUGUACCAGUUAUGGCACGUUCUCAGAAUGGUUUGGGCGAUAGGUGGAUAUGGUCUUCUAACACUGAAAUACGGUUAACACUAAUGCUAGGCAACCCAGAGAUUCAAGAAUUAGCGCGCAAAGCAAUUGUUGAUAAAUAUGAUCCAAAUGUAUCACAGUAUUCAAAAUCUUGGACUGUGGCUCCAUUGAUGAUUGACUCUCUAACAGCUUUUAUUGUAAGUGGUAGAGCAUCACCAGUAGCCGGUGUACAUCCCUAUCGUGUAGUGCAUCCAAACAGUCUUACAAUGACAUUUCGAUUUCAAUGUUCAUCAAAAGAAACUGCUGAGCUUAUCGCAAAAAAGGUUGCUAAUGGUGACUAUGAAAUUGAAAUUGCGUUCUAUUUUGCUGGGUUUAAACACAUGACAACGAAUUUCUUUUCAAUUACUAGUGAUCAGUUAAAAAGUGUACUGAGCAAAACAAUAGUUGAUGGGGGUAGUAUAACCGCACAAUAUAUUCAUCGUAAUCAAGCAUCAAAAUUUAUUGAAAACUAUAUAGCAAAUGUCAAGAAAAUGAUUUAUAUGGAAAAUAUAAAUGCCGUUACAGCGUCUCUUAUCAAUGAUCUAGAAGAGCAAUUUAUUUCAUUGCUACAACAAGGUAUGAAUGUUGCACAACAAAUUUCGCUAGAUGCAGCAUUAUUCGAUCAAAUAUGGUUUCCGUUCGAUUUAAAUCCUGAUCGAUUAACAUCAGAACUUAGUAAAGUAUUCACUUACAAUGAAACUGAAACUAAACGACAUAAUUAUACAAAUACAUAUUUCGAUUUCAAUAAACAAAAUUUACCAACAUCGAGCAACAGCAACUCGGCUAGUGGUGGUGUUAGCGCUUCAUUCCUUGGAAUCACCAUAGGAUGCUCAGGUGGUUCUUCAUCGUCCUCUUCGAACUCCUUUUAUGAUAUUCUUAUGGAAAUAAAUCGUGAUAUUUUCUCUUUAGCCGAAGUAGAAAGAUUAAUCUCCCAACAACAGACUGAAUUUCAAUGGACAGGCGAAAAAUUCAUUCCAAAAUCAUUCCACGUCUAUAAAUUACUCGAUCUGACAGAUCGUCUUCAAGUGGCUAUUAUCUCAAAACAAUUGACUGCUGACAAGACAAAUGGUGCAGUAAUUCGUACGAUUAGUAUGAUCAAUAUACCAGUGGACUUUACAGUCGAACCUUUAAACAACAUACCUAGCGGAGGUAUCAUUCUAUGGAAUGGUACAGAAAAAGCAAUUCCUCUCGGUUGGGAAAUAUGCGACGGUACUAAUGGUACUCCAGAUUUGCGUGAUAAAUUUGUUAUUGGUUCUGGUUCGGGUGCACAAACACAGCCUCAUACCACUGGUGGGCCAUCGAGUGUAGUACCACUAAUUGCGGUGUACGGGGCAGCAUUAAAUGAAUCACAAAUGCCGAGUCAUGAUCAUGGUGGUGUGACUGGGCCUGAAGAUGACAAAGAGGAAUAUUAUGAUCACCACUCCGAACGAAAUACAAGGGUAGUUGUAACGAGUGAGGGUCGAUAUUUGGCUCAUCGUACUCACGAUCUUUAUCCUACUUGUAAGCAUGCACAUAAAAUAAGAACUAGUGGACAAAAUCAACCUCAUACACAUGCAGCAACAUCAUCAACAAUUGAUUUACAUCCACCAUUUUAUGCACUUAUUUAUAUUAUGAAGCUAUAA